GUGAAGAGAGCCAAAAUCCAAUCCGCUGCGGAAAUCCGAUGAAAGCAGCAGAUGAGAAUCAAAUCGUGUGGGACCUUCUGGAAUGGGGCAAUCUGGAAGCACUGAAGAAGUUCACCCCUGAGAACUUCGACUGGCGUGCCCUUCAUCCGACUGAGAAGAAUACCUUGCUCAUGGAAGGAGUGGCCUGCGGCUUGGCUGGUCCAAAUGAAGCCUACUUGGACAUCAUCGAAUGGCUGGUGCGCUCCGGCGCUGAUGCCGCCCAAAGGACACCUCCCUCGAGCCAAGGAAACUACAGUAUCUGGUUGAUUGAAGACCCAGACAAGACGAAGUUGACGGUGGCAUACAAAGGACUGGAGUCAGGUUAUUCGGUCAUCAUCCAGCACUCCAAAACAUAUGCACAGGCCCUCAAACGCACGGGCCCAGCCACUGGAGGUGAAAACUCAGAUUUCGGAGGCCACUCGGCGAUCAGUUAUUUGUUGGCGUGGAAGCGGGAACUUCAAGACAAAGCCGAAUGGUCCGAAAACUUGGCAUAUUUGGACAAAGCCUUGGCUCGAAUCACCACGGCCACGCAGCAUAUUCGGCCUGUGCGGGAAAAGGUAGCCAUCGAUCAGAGCGUUGUGGAGCUUUGGGAAAGAGUCUUGGAUGCCACGGCCUCUCACAAUCUGACCUUUGAAACUGCCGACGGCCCCGUGACCGCUCACGCACAUGUUUUGAUGGAAGCAUCGCCCGUACUGAAGGCCAUGUUAGAUUCAUCGAUGAAGGAGGGCGAAACUCGACGAAUUCAAGUCAAAGACUCUCCAAGUCGUGGGGUGUCGUUGUUCCUGGAGACUUUGUACACUUGCUCGACUCGCAGUGAGCCCAACCAUGAGACGGUGCUGAUCGCGUUGGACUUGGCGCAUCGAUGGCAGGUGUACGGCGUGGUGAACAUCUUCGCGGAACUUCUGCAGGAGAUGAUCACAGAUGCCAACUUUGCAGCCAUUGCCGAAGCGGCGGUGCUCAAAGAUUUGGAGGGCGUGAAGAAGGUGUGCCGAAUUCAUGGCAUGGAAUCGCGAGCGGUGCAGGAGCGACUCAAGAAGGGUCUUCUUCCAAAGAUGCUACAGGAUUUGCUGGGACACAAGGCUUCACCUGCUGCAUCCUGCCCCAAGAAGCGCCGGAGGUUCUGAGGGUCUCCCGACGCACCGUCCCCGGUCGCGGCGGACUGCGAAAAGCCACGGGACCGGCGGACUGCAAAAA